AUGAAGCGCGGGCCGCAGUCAGGGUUCUCGGGGUUCUCUGGCUUCGCCAUGGGCGACAAGAAGCGGGGCCGCUUUGAGGACACGGAGGAACGCAAACGCCCCCCGCCUGCAGCACUCCUCGGAUUUGAUGAUGAGGAGGCAGCCAGCGAUCGGCACCAUGAUGCCAAAGAGGAGCCAAACGAAGAAAAGCAAAACGUGGAGGCAGCGGAUGCCGAGGACGAGGUCGACCCCUUGGACGCAUUCAUGGAGGGAAUUCACGACACCGUCAAGAAGGAGAAGGCCGGCAUAAUCAAGCCUGCCCAGACCAAGGCGCUGGUGGCAGAAUUCGAGGAGGAGGACCCACUGGAGAGCUUCAUGAAGCACAUGAAAGAGAAGGAGAAGGAGGAGCGCGAGGGCAACGGCGAUGACGUAGAUGACGACGAUCUAGAUUACGACUCUGAUGAUAACCCGCUGGUGGAGCGCAAGAAGGAGAUCGAGGCGCUGGCACCGCUGGACCACUCGCAGAUCCACUACGAGAGCUUCAAGCGCGACUUCUACGUGGAGCCCGAGGAGGUGACCCGGAUGACCGAGGCCGAGGUGCACGACUACCGCCAGAUGUACGACAUUCGCGUGGAGGGCGCGCCGCAGCGCAUUCCGCGGCCGGCCAAGGCCUUCGAGCACUUCCGGCUGCCCGACAAGCUGCAGCGCGAGAUCGAGCGCCAGGGCUUCGGCGCGCCGACGCCGGUGCAGAAGCAGGCCGUGCCGUGCGUCAUGCGCGGGCUCGACGUCGUGGCGCAGGCGCGCACCGGCUCGGGCAAGACGCUGGCCUACGUGCUGCCCAUGCUCGUGCACCUGCUCGACCAGCCGGCGCUGGCGCCCGGCGACGGACCCAUCGCCAUCAUCCUCGCGCCGACGCGCGAGCUCGCCGCGCAGAUCCACCGCGAGACGCGCAAGUUCGCCAAGCGCGUCAACGUGCGCGUGGGCGCGGUCUACGGCGGCAAGAACACGUACGACCAGGCCAAGGAGCUCAAGGCCGGCGUCGAGGUGGUGGUCGCCACGCCCGGCCGGUUGAUCCACAUGGUGCGCAAGGGCACUCUGAGCAUGCGCCGGGUGACCUACAUGGUGCGCUCCAUCGCCGGCCAGACCCGGCCCGACCGCCAGACCAUGCUCUUCUCGGCCACCUUCAAGCGCGGCGUCGAACAGCUGGUCAGCGACCUCCUCACCCACCCGGUGCGCAUCAACAUCGGCACCGCGGGCGAGGCCCACCCCGACGUCCAGCAGGUGGUUCACAUCAUGCAGUCUGACACCGACAAAUGGCCGUGGCUCAUGGAGCACCUCUCGGUCUUCGCCAUGACCGGCCAGGUGCUCAUCUUCGUCGCCACCAAGCACGGCUGCGAGCUGCUCUCGCGCAGCCUCGAGGAGGCCGGCUUCGCCUGCGGCGGCCUGCACGGCGACAAGGCCCAGGCCGAGCGCACGUCGGUCGUCAACGGCUUCCGCGCGGGCCGCGUCGGCAUCUUAGUGGCCACUGACGUGGCCGCACGCGGUCUCGACAUCCCCACCGUGCGCACGGUGGUCAACUACGACGUGGCGCGCGACAUCCACUCGCACAUUCACCGCGUGGGCCGUACGGGCCGCGCGGGCCAGUCGGGCGUCGCCUACACGCUCAUCACCCGCAACCAGUCGGUCUUUGCCGCCCACCUCACCAGCUCCCUACAGGCCGCCAAGCAGAACGUGCCACCCGAGCUGCUCCAAUUGGCUUCGACAGUAAAAUGGUUCCGUCGCACCGGAGGUGUGGGCGGCGGAGCGCCGCACUCGCACGACCGAAACAGAAGAGACGGCGGAGGCGAGGGCGCCCCUCGCCGCACCUCCGGCAUCGGAUUCGGCGGCAGCGGCGGCGGUGGCCGAGGAGGAGGCCCGGGCAGCGCCCGCGGUAGGGGCGGCCACCGCGGUGGAUCGGACAGAGGGAGAGGAGGUGGACAGGGCAGCGGCAGCAAGCCAGGGUACCAGCACGGCAUGUUCCAGGCCUUCCGCCCAUCUUCCGACUCAGGCUGGCGAUCGACCCAGCAGUAG